GGAGUUUAUUGCAGUUGCAAAUUUCUGUUGUUGUUUUGUUUUCCAAAGAAACAAUCAGAACAACUAAAGGAUAUAGGAUAGGACAUAAAGCUUAUUCCUCGAUACAAAACUGUCUAAAUACGCAAACAUGAAGACCAAACUUGGUCUCUUCUGGCUGAUCACUGCGUCGUGUCUGAGCAGCGCGCGAGCAGCUGAUGACGUCACUAACGUCUCCAUCAACGCCAACGUGUCCAGAUUCCUGCCUAACUACAUCGCCAUGAACCUGACGGUCGUGGACUCCGUCUGGCACAGUCCAACGGUCGUGUUCGAACCUGUCACCCUCGCAGAGCUGGCAGAUUGUCUAUGCAACGACUCUUCCCUCAUCUGCGUGACGCACAUUGAAUUUAUUCACGGCCCUGCCGGGUAUUUCUUCUCCCCGACCACAACGGUGCAGGAAACGUUACCCACACCAUCCAACAACACCAACAGCUUCGUCUGCCACAUCCCGGACGUCCGCUACCUCCAAGGACACGGUAACCUCACCUGCACCCGCUCGGACUACAACUGCAGCGACGUCACCAAGAUCAACGCCUGCAGUUUUGAAACCCAAGGCAGCUGUGACUCCUUCUCCUUCUACUGGGCGCUAAACCAGGACAUUGAGGUGACCGUAAACACGCAGAAUGUCAACGCAUCUUGCAACCACGGGUGUUUAGACUUACCAACAACAACAGCAGGACAUUUAGCUACUACACCUGAAUCUUCUAGUGGAUCUAGUAUGAACGUCUUCGUCUUGAUUGGAAUCAUAGCUGGGGCCGCCUGCGGACUUGUUCUUUUAAUUGGAAUUAUUGUAAUUAUUGUUAUUUGUGCAACAGGUGAUAAGAAAAAGAAGAAGAAGAAGAAGGAAUCAAAGUCGGAUGAAAAUGUGGAAGCUCGUGAUUCUACAAGAGCGUCUGUGGUAUCGAAACACGAUGAAGUGGAGCUUGAUGAUCUUCCUACGUCUGAAAUAGAAGAGGUCGCGCCUUUGUCUUACACGCAAAUUGAAGCAUCCGGAGAUUCAGGGGAGGCUACUCAAAACGGUAAGGACAACUCUAGGUCUUCCCUUGUUUCAAACAAGAACAGCUCGUCUUCUAUACAGAGCGAGGAUAAAGGUGUGAAGAUCAGAGAAAAGGACCCGAACAAACCCGUGGGGUCAGUCUCCGACAGGGGGAGCUCACUCUACUCCAGAAUCGUCCAGGAUGACGUCAACAGGCAGCUGGCGGACGACGCCCAGGCCAAACACGACGCAACGGACAGUUUCUUCCAACAGCCGGCCUUGACCUACAAGCGGUACUCGGAGCCCGGGCUCACCAGCCUGGAGGUCAGCAAGAGGACCAGCCACGCCCACUCCAACCGCGAGCUCAACGCCUCGCUGGAGAACGACUUCGUGGACACCUCCAGGUUAUGACGUCAGAAAGUUGAUAAAAGCACGAGGUUAUGACGUCACCGUGGAUGAGAAACGAUGUUGUGGCGUAACGUCCAAUACCAGCUUAAAAAUACAUAUUCUUAAUACAUAUUUGUAAACACAGUAAAUGCAACUCAGUUAUAUAAUGAUGCUUUUCUGUCAUGUGUCUUUAUCGGGUUAGGUCUAGAAAUAAGGACACGGUCUGCUUUUGUGAUACGGUUAGGGUUCGUUUUGGGAUUUAGAAGACUGUCUAAAUAUAGCCACGAAUAUAGCCCCGUCAAAAACUGUGUUAGGGCCGUCAUUUAAUACCCUGCUAAUAGUGCGAAAAAAAAAUAACUCCACUAUGCUAUGCUGGCAAUAUUCUUGUGCAAGUUUAUUCUUUACUUCAUUUUUUAAAAUCUCACUUUAAAUUUCCCCAAACAAAAUGAUAUACUUUUAUACAUUUCGAAAUAAAAGUUUGAAGUUUUGAAAAUUGGUCUUUCAUUUUAUUAAUAAACGAGACAAACUGACGAUGUCAUAGUGGCAAUUAAGCUGUGUGUUAGGUCUUG